AUGGAGUUCAACAAGCCUCCACCAUCCAAAAUCCUAUUCCGCAGGGUGAAUAACUCGGAUAUACCGGAAUUAGCUUCUGGAGACCCAGCGUUAAUCAAGCUGGUGCUGAAACGCGCUCCAACAGGGCCCAGAAGAAGUCAUGGGGACCAUUCAUCAGCCUCAACCACCAUGGUUUCCACAGAUUCUUUCCACCAGAGUCAGGCCUCAGCCGCCUACCUGCCCAAAAAGCCUCGUUCUAGAUUCUCCCAGAAUGAAUCACUCCCAGAAGAACAGCAUGGACAACACGGGAAGUUCCCAAUAUGA